GAGUUUCGAAGUCUUACCUGCGUGCUGAUAGUGCAGGCUCCCAGCGAGAGCAUUCGUACCAUCUUCAACGUUGAAAUCCCCCUUCAGCUGCAGACGGACGCUAUAUCCACCAGUCACUGGUGUUUUCUGAGUCUCAGGUCCUGCUGCAGUGAUGAGUGAGGUCAUGCAAUUGGCUACGCUGGGCCGCCAUUUCCAGUUGGGAAUGCUGUACGACUGCCGGUCAGACACUCUGAUCCCAGGUGUCACCUUGUGGGACGUACAGACAAUCCAAAGCAACUUGAAUACUCAGAAUCAGCCCAGCACCGAGAUUCACAUCAUUACAUUGGACUCCAUGGAGAACAAAGCCACUGCGCUCAAUGUGUCGGGAUCACUGAAAGCAAGUCUCAUUGGUGGGUUAGUGGAGGUGAAAGGAUCUGCAAAAUAUCUCAAUGAUACAAAAGGAUCAAAGCGACAGGCACGAGUUACACUUCAGUACAAAACAACAACCAGGUAUGAACAACUGACGAUGAGUCACUUCGGGAGGCAGAAUGUUACCUGCCCGACUGGGUUUGAGGAGGGGUCAGCAACCCAUGUCAUUACAGCAGUGUUGUAUGGGGCCCAAGCUUUCUUUGUGUUUGAUCGAAUGGUUUCUGCAGCCGAGAACCUGCAGGAUAUUCAGGGUAAUAUGGAGACGACGAUUAAACAUCUCCCUAAGAUUGUGACUCAAGGUGAGGCCUCCCUAAACAUGACAGAAGAACAAAAAUGUAAUACCAAGAAAUUUAGAUGCACCUUUUAUGGGGAUUUCCCACUUAAGAACAAUCCCACCACAUUCCAAGAUGCCAUCCAUAUUUACGCAACCCUCCCAAGCUUACUGGGGUCAGGUGGGGAGCAUUCAGUGCCAAUGAAAGUCUGGCUGUAUCCUCUAAGCAAACUGGAUCCAAAGGCUGCUCAGCUGGCGAGAGAGAUAAGCGUGGGAUUGGUCAGUCGCUGCCAGCAAGUCCUGGAACAAAUCAGUGAGGCAGUGAUGAGAAGCAAUGAUAUGAUGAAUGACAGUGUCGCCUUUCAGUUUCCUGAGUUCGGGGAUAGGAUAACGCAAUUCAAUAAUACAUGUCUGGAAUACAAACUAGUUUUCCAGAAAAAAAUAACAAAUGUGUUGCCAUCUAUCCGGGGAGGUAGGGAGCAGGAAGGGUUACUGGUGGAUAUAUUGAAUAACAUGGAACAGUCACCGUUCAGACACCAGUCACUGAUCACAUGGCUGGAUGACAAAGAACGGGAGAUGAUGACAGUGAAACUUCACCUCCGGAAAUUGAAAGAUAUUCCUGUUUUGAAAUCAUUGGAAGAACUGAGGGAUCAAGCAACAGAUUAUGUGGUCUGUUUCACAUUUACAUCUCUGUAUCAGGAAGAUGUCUACCUGUCAGAGGCAAUCAACUACCUCAGAUCUCACACAGAUCAGAACAUGCAGACACCAACUCCUGCUGAUGGUGCCUCUGAAACACGACACGGCGAGCAGUGGUUUAACUCACAGACUGUAUGCCGAAAGAUGAAAGAGCAAUCUCAGUUAUUCCUGGAUUUUGCCACAGCCAACAGAGCAGGUGGGAAAAUCAAAUUCCUUGUCAGUUCUAUGCAAGAUGACAGCAAAUUAGGAGCAUCUAUUUACCUCUAUAAAGGAGGGACUAUAAGUAACCGAUGUUUUGAACCUCCAUCACAGCCCGAGAGACCCGUGGCCAGUGGAAUAACACAUAAUAGUGUGACACUGCAGUUGCAGCCACCCAGAUAUGGUGCCGAUGAGAUUGUCGGCUACAGGGUUGAGUACCAAGGUCCCGAUCAGGAGGAAUGGACAACUCUGGACACACCUGAUAAAUCACUCUCCUUCACAAUAUCUGGGUUACAGCCAAACCAGGAAUAUAAUUUCCGAUACAGAGCAGUGGCCAACAUUGGGGUCAGCAAGGUGAGUGAUAGCAUUCGGAGCGUCACACGUCCUACAGGUCCACGUGGUGAACUGGACUUCCAGGGUUGUUCACCCAGCUCAACACUUUUCAGUGACAGCCCAAGUCAAAUUGCAGUAGAUGUCAAAACAUAUCAGUGCAAGAUCGACAGUAAGGAAGGAACAGAUGUUACAUCCAACACGGAGGGUGGAAUAUGGAAGGAAAGUCACUCUAAUUUACAUAGAAUAAAAUCUGAGGAGAUGUUUGCUGAUGCAGCACGUGGCGAGGUUUUAAUAGAAAUUGAAAAUGAACAAAACGGAGAAGCCCACAAACUUUGUAGAGAAGCUGUAUUAAUAGUCAGUGGAAACCCUUCCAUUUACAAACUCAACCUGCAAAGGAAUGUGUUUGAUCAGUCCAGACAGCUUGUGAAAUGCUCCUUUGGAAAUCCCAACAUAAAACAAAGAAUGAAGACAAUUGUGGUUAUGGGAGCAACAGGAGCAGGAAAGACAACCCUCAUCAAUGCGAUGAUCAACUACAUCUUGGGCGUGGAAUGGGAGAACAACUUCAGGUACAUGUUAAUACAGGAAGAGACAGGGAAAUCGCAGGCUGAAAGUCAGACAUCCUCCAUCACGGCCUAUCAACUCCACCAUCAGGAAAGAUUUAAAAUCGAUUACUCUCUGACUGUCAUCGAUACGCCAGGGUUUGGAGACACCAGGGGGAUAAGCCGAGAUCAACAGAUCACUGACCACAUCCGUGAGUUUUUCACCUCCCCACAGGGUGUUGAUCAGAUCGAUGCCGUGUGUUUUGUUGCUCAAGCCUCUUUGGCUCGCCUGACCCACACACAGAAAUAUGUCUUCGAUUCAAUUCUUUCUAUUUUUGGCAAAGAUAUUGCAGAGAACAUUCAGAUACUGGUGACAUUUGCAGAUGGACAGAUUUCCCCCAUCCUGGAGGCUUUGAAAGUUGCUGAGGUACCAUGCCCAAAAGAAAAAAAUGGCAUGCCAUUACAUUUCAAGUUUAACAAUUCUGCCACAUUUGCCCAGCGUCCAGCCUCUGGAAACUCUGUCAACAAGAAGCGCUCUUAUGGCAGUACCGAAGAGGAGGAAGAUGAUUACUUUAAUGCAAUGUUCUGGAAGAUGGGGGUAUGCAACAUGAAGGAAUUCUUUAGGGCUCUGAGCACAAUGGAAUCGAGAAGUUUAUCUGUGACUCAAAAGGUUCUGAAGGAAGGUAAUCAACGGGAGGCUGCAUUGGAGGAAUUGCAUAUUAAGAUCCGAGGUAAGCUGACCGAAUUGGAGGAACUCCAGCAAACACAACGGGUUCUGAAGCUACGUCAGACUAAGCUGGAUGCAAAUGGAGACUUUGAAUAUGAGAUUAAAGUUACAGUUGCAGUGAAGAAGGAUAUAAGUGGGACUGGUUUCUACGCAAACAACUGUUGGAAAUGUCAUUUUACCUGCCACGAUCCCUGUAUUGUUUAUUUUAAUAUUUUGAAAUAUUGUUGUUCAGCAAUGGACUGGUGGGGGAACUGCAAAGUGUGUCCUCAAAAAUGUAGCUUCACCGAUCACGUAAUCGAAACGUACAGGUACGACUAUGAAACAAAAAUGGAGAAGAGAACAUACAGAGACCUGAAAGAAAGGUAUGGGAAGGCCCGUGGUGAGAAGUUGACACAGGGAGAAGUCAUGGAGAUGCUUGAGCAGGAGUUUCUUGCGGUUCAAGGCGAAGUGCUGGAGCUGAUUGAACAAUUAUUGCAGAAGAAUAGAAGAUCAAACCCGUUAUCCACCACAGCUUACAUUGACUGCCUCAUUCAGUCAGAAGAGGCAAAGCCUGAGUUCAUGGAGAGAAUUCAAUCACUGAGGGCAGUGAAGAAACGGGCAGAGUUAAGAGAAAAAAGUCACCAAAAUGCGAUAUAAGAUUAAAUAGGACCACGGGGAUGUUGGGAAAUGCUGAACAAAAGGCAAAACGUGUAUUUUCUAAUGUACUUAAUUGUCUUUAAAUAAUGAGGUGGUAAAAUUUUCAGCUGUUUUAAGUAUGGGGAGCAGAUGCUUCACUCAGCUAACAAGGAAAUGCUCAUUAUCAUCCUCCUCGCCACCUGCCAACAACUUUAAACACAACUCCUGCUUCCCUCAAUGCUACCCUCUGUCACCAGCUGACUGGCAGCCCCCACUCGGGUUCAGCCACCGCCAGUGAUUCACCUGCAAUGGCGUGUCGUCCCAAACAACCUGUGGAAGGAUCCAAGAAUCUAUCAACCUCCCCUCCUCUUCGCCACCUAUAUCCCGGCCCUUGGAAACAACAUCUGAAUCAGAGCGUCCAUUUACUCCGUACACAGGCUGCGCCCAGCUCCACCUACCCACCUCCUCCCUCAAUUCCCCCUCUUUCAAUGCUGUCAGCCGGCAAUUCCUCAAUCAAUUUCCGGGUGACUGGAAGCUAUGUCCCAGCUCUGUCCUCCCUGGCCACCGUCAGAAUCUGACCUGCGGGCUGGUGGGAGAGGUUGUGUGUGUGCAAUUAAAUUUAAAACAGAAAAAUGCAACGUUUGUUGAAAAAGGGGAAGGUUUUACAUCUAUUAUCGAAGGCAUAGGAGGCCAUUCGGCUUAUUGAGCAUGUGCUGGUUUUCAAAGCACCAGCAUCAAUCCCAUCACCCCAAAUUCCCUGUAACCUCCUGUCUGUCAAAUGCCAGUUAACGCUCUCAAUCUCUCGCAAAGGAAAAUGAAUAAAAUUAGAGAGGCGGCUGAUCUGAAAUAAAAAGGGAAAAUGUUGGAACCACUCAGAGAGUUAGACAUCAUCUGUGGAAAGAGAAGCAGAUAACGUUUCAGGUCCAGAACUAUCAUCUGAACGUUCCGAGGCACUUGUAUGGAAUGUAUGAACUCUUUUUUAGAUAAAAAGUGACGCAGACCGAGGUUCUGAUAAACGGUCCGGACACGAAACUUCAACUAUUUCUGUCUCCAUCGAUGCUGCCGGACCUGCCGAGUAUUUCCAGCAUUCCUGUUUUUCCAGUAAUUCUCCCAUCAUUCACCUACAUUGCGGAAAACUUACAGUGACCAACUAACCUAAAAAACUACAAUAUAAACUGGUGAGCACGAUUCUAAAAGGAAAACAGGAGCGGAGAGAUUUGCUGAAGGCCUACUUAAAACAUUGUAACUGGCAGGGCAGAAUCAAACAGAUUUUAUCGAAGCUCAGAAAAAGCAUUGGAGGAAAACUCCGCAGAUGCUGGAAAUCUAAAACAAAUGAUCAUUGAACCAAAUCACAACAGGACGACUCGCUUGAAAUCAACCACGGGCAGGUAAAUAGAAGCAGCGGGGAGAACAUUGCUGCAAGCCGUACCCCAAGGAAAUCUCUGUCUUUGCAGUGCCCACCAAUGCCACAGAAGAUCAACAGUCAGGGCAACUGGACAGUGAUCAACAGCCGUGGAGCUCAGCAAAGCCGUUAAUGGCCGGGAACUUUGGAAAUUCCUGGAGAGCAUGGGGCUGCACCUGAAACCGUCGACUGGAGAGAACAUCGCCACUCAAACCGGGCCGCAGCCUCGAACUUUUGAACCUGGCAGUGGCCUCGUCUGCUUGUGCUGGAAGGGAGGAGCAGUCUCACAAUCCAUUAUUGUCCAUUAAUAUGUUCAGAGAUCUUAUCAAGUACUUUUAGUUUGUACGCAGGGAGGAGCUCUUCACCUGGAGAAGAUCAGUAUCCCCCAAUACUGCCUGGAGGAUUCAAUCCAUACACGCUCGUGUUCAAUGUUAUGGUUCAGCCUCGGAGGUUCUCACCACUCACACCAAAGGCCCACACGGCUGUGUCCUCUCUCCUGCUUGUUCUGGAUCUGCUUUGCCCUCCUGCUCCAAGAUGCCUUUGAAAAGCGGAACGAGAAAUUUAGUCUCUCACGAGGUUAGUUGGGGAGCGGUUCAACUCCGUUAGCCUCAUGUCAAUAACCAGAGGGUAUAUCGACCUCAAGAGGAGUCGAGAUUUGUCGCCACAAUGGCAAUGACUCACACGAAUUCCUCACCUCACAGACACAUUUUACUUUGGGUUUACCAUCACCCUGAGAAGGCCCAAUAAAAUCGGGCAAGACAUCACUUAUCUGCUCCCUUUCUACUCCCUGAACUCACCGCUGAGGGAACAGCACCUUGGAUGCCCUGUGCACCGUUAUCGGAUGAACGAUGGGGGAAUUCCUAAGUACCUUCUUUAUGCGGAACCAGCCUCGGGUAAAUGGCCAAUUAUAUAUCUCUACCUGCACUCCCAAAACAUCUGCAAAAGGGAUCUUAAGACACCGGAUAAUGAAGGUAGUUGCUUCGUAUCGCCGUCAUUGGAACGAGACUCAGUUCAGAGCAGAUUCCUCUGUUGUGUUUACGAGGGAUCUGGGAAACCUCUGAGAAGCAAAAAUAUGUGAGCUAAGCUGGACUGCUCUUGUACAGACCCAAUGAACUGAAUGACAGCCUCCUGUGCUGUGACCAUCCUGGGUUGUAGUAGACACAUUUUUAUGCUCUGUGCCGAAUUUAAUCCUGAGGUGUACUUCCAAUUCUAUGUUUAUUGCAUGAUUUAGUCCUUGUUCUACCUCUCGGGGUAGGACAUAAAAAGGUCGACGGAGGUCUGGUGCUGCGGGAGAGAGUGGAAAUCAGAGACCCCUGUGGACAUACCAGAGGUCCUCAGUAACAGGGGUUUCAUCUCCCUUUCACCACUGCCGGGACAACCCGAUGCACAUCCUGCCCAGUGGCUCACCUGGAGCGGAACAAGUAUGCUUGUAUCCCAUAUGCUGACGGGACUGUGAGUAAUUUCACCGGCUUCUUACUGUCUUGCUGUGGCACCUGCUAGCCUGCAGCUCCUGCCUAUCGCAAUGCAGAAGGGCAGGGUUUUCCCAGAAUCACUUUCUCCCCCCACCAGGAAGAUCACAGCUCUGACUCUGCAACUGCCCUCAUCAACUUCCACAUAAAGGUGUCCAGAGCAACAUAAAAAAAACACUAUGUACACCAUUUACUAUUUAGCGUCAUCCAGAAUAGAAACAGGCCAUUCGGCCUGUGCCAAACCCAGCCAUUAAAUAUCGAUCUCAUUUCCCAGCAUUCAGUCUGUAGCCUUCAGUGCCUUGCAACUUAAAGUGUUCAUCUAAAUAUUUCUUAAGUGUUGUGGAAGUUUCUACCUCCACCGUUCUUUCAGGUAGUGUGUUCCAGAUUUCAAUUACUUUCUGGGUGGAAACGUUCUUCCCCUCUAAAUCUUCUCCUCAUUCAUUAACCGUGCUCCCUCUGGUUUUAGACUCUUCCUCUUUGGGGUAAAGCUUUUCAUUAUCAGCCCCAUCUCUACCACGCAAAGGUUUUUAAACCUCGAUCUAGUCGCAAUCUUUGUCUGUUCCAAGGAAAACAAAGCCAAACUAUCCAGUCUCUCCUCAUAACUGACAUGCUCCAUUGCAACCAGCAUCCUGGUGGAUCUGUUCUGCAUCCUGUUCAGUACAAACACAUCCUUCUUGAGUGUAGCGGCCAGAAUUACACUCAGUACUCCAGCUUUUGCCUGACCAGUGAUUUAUGAAAUGUACUGUAAACCCUCUUCUCUUCUAUUUUAUGAGCUGGUGAAUGAAAGCAAAUAUACAUUUUGCCUUCUCCACUACAUACGCAAAUGACUUUAGUGAUCCUUGGACUUGUGCACCAGGGUCCUUCUACUCCUCAGUUAUCCAUGGGACAUUCCGUUCAUACCAACCCUAUUCGUGCUCUCAAAAUACAUAAUCUCACUCAGAUCAGGAGUAAAUUCUACAUCCCAUUUCUCUGUCCAUCUAACCAACUGCACGAUAUCAUCAGGUAGCCAAAAUUUCGCCUAUUCAAUAUGAAUAGGUUACAGACUUCUAAUCACGAAAAUAAUCCUCCAUCACUCUCUGCCUCCCAUUGCCAAGCCAAUUAUUGAUCUAUUCUGCUCUGGAUCCAUUGACAUCUACCUUUUUGGACCAGUUUCCCAUGUAUGGCAUUAUCAAAGACUACAACAACAACAUUGCCCCCGAAAAUACUUCUUGUUAUCUCUUCAAACCAUGAUCCAUCACGAUCUCCUCCUAACAAAACUUUUCUAUCUUUGACUAAUCCCGGCCAAUGCAAGUGUAUAUGAAUUCUGCACCCAGAAUUUUCCCCAUAAUUUCCCUAAUACUGACAUUGAUCUCACAGUCUUGUAAUGGCCCGUUUUAUCCCUGCUGCCCUUCUUUAAUAAAGCUAUUAUAUUUGCUCUCCUAAAUCACCUGGCACUUCAGUUCUCGAGGGUUAACAGUGACGUUUUCUUUCAGAGCCACGGGAAUCCGUUGAUUUAUUUCCCACAGCAGCCUGGGAUACAUUUCAUCAUCACACUGAAAAUAUAUAAAACUUAAUUCCCGUAACGAUACCUAAUGCCUCAUUUUAAUUUUAUCGUAUUCCACACAGAGUUUUGACCCCAUGGGUCCUACUAUUUCACUGGUUUUCCUUACAAUACUCAUAAAAUGCUUUGGGAUUGUCCUUAAUCUGGUCAACCAUUGAUACUUCGUGCCUCUUUUUUGCCCCUCUAUUUAGUUUUAGGUACCCCUCGAUACCACUGUGACUUCCGAAGGGUAUCCUCAUUUUCAUCCUAAUCCUGCGAUACACUUCCUUUUAUAUACAACCCUCCCUAUCCAUUGACAUCUAAGCUCCCUUGGUUUUGCUGUUCUUACGUUUUCCCCUUGUGGGAACAUGUUGGCCCUGAGCUCCAUCUACUCCAGUUUUGAACUAUUUUCCCAUGUAGGAUUUAGACUGGACGUCUAUGAAUCCAACCAAUCACAGUAGGAUAAGCAUUGAAUGCCAACAACGCAAAGACAGUGAUACAUCACCUGAACCAAGCAUUAUCCAUUCUGAAGAAUUCGAUAACUUCCCAAGACAACAUUGUUCCAAUUAUGUAUGGUUGUUGCUACAUGGAAACCUGAUGGACUUUGCAUGCUGUGAACACUUGAUUACUCCAAUGGCAGUUAAUUUGAAAAUUAAAAAUUAUAAAUGGACAAGGGUCGAUUAAUGAACAGUGCGUGCAAACUCGGACCUAUUCCUUGGGAACUCAGAUUUUUGUCCUGGGAGAGAAAAGUAGAAUCACCAGAGGCUACAAAUCAAGGAAAAUGAACACUCCUAUCGAGCGUUGAUCAGAUUAACUCAAAACUAAGGAGGCAGAACAAGAUAAGUGUCUGCUGGAGAGACGAUCAGCAUGGGAAAAAUAAGUAGGUGACGGAGAAGCGACGGAGGGAGGAGCGGCAGAUAAAGUGAAAGGUGACAGAGAGAGGGUGGCGAGAGAGAGGGGCAAUGGACAGAGGAAGGCGCGUCGGAGAAAGGGUGAGAGAGGAAUAAUUGAGACAAUGAAUACGAGAGAUGUGACGAGAAGAGGAAGAAGGACAGAGGAAGAGGGGAGAGAGGUGACAGGGAGAGGGGAGACAAGCAACAGACGGAUGGAGGGGGAAUA